CUGAUAAAUCGAUAUUUUCAGGAAGAGCAACGACCACUGUUUACGAUAGCUGUGUUAGUGUCGGGAGUGGUCGGCGGUUUGGCCGUCGUCAUUGCCGUGGUAUAUCUGUAUCGUUUUUGUCUUAAAAAACGUCCACCUGUGACAACAACAGGGAUACCAGAAGCGAAACGUGAACAGAUACGUAGCAAUGCGAGCAGCCAAAGUCGACCACUUCCUCUACCGCUUUCAGCGGAUUCUACAACGCCAUUUCUGGCAAGCACACCUUCUAAAGAAUAUACGGUUUCAAAACGUUUCUUUAGUAAUCAGAGGUUUAAGGAAAGAGACCGUUGUCGAACGCGAAUCGAGUUUUGGUUCUCCUACUCGAAUAGCACAGCCUUCCUUUCCGUUUCCGAUGGUCCUCAUCGAGCUCAAUCGGCCGAUAUGCUCCAAGUUGAUGCCAACUCUGAAAUUCGUCGGGCGUCUUUUGAUGUACCGAGAGGAACCGGAAGGCAGUUGCCGAGUACCGAAGGACUUGAGGUACGCCUUAAACUUUUCUUAAAAGUUCCUUAUUUAUCUCCUUCCAUUAUAACAUGCUCAUUUUGUGAUUAUGACUUCAAUUUUGAAAUUUUGAACAGAUAGAA